UUCACUACCCUUUUCUUUUUUGUCCUGUUAUACAAUCUCUUCCUUUCUUAAUGAAUAGGUUUUAGUAACUUAAUUAUGGGUCUUGUUUGGAACCUAAUUGACCCAAGAGCCUGAAUUUUCUGUCUUUUGGGUAUUUUGGAUUAGAAUUCUGAAUUCAAAAUAGUAGUAUGUUUUGACUGACUUAUUUGGGCUGCAUCAAAUUAGUUGGUUCUUGUUAUUGUUGUGUUUGAUAGGUGACUGAACGCCUUCGAGUGAUAUAAAGAUUGAAAUGGAGAGAUGUGGGGAUUUUGUGCAAUGGUUUCUACCUGAUAUGUCUAUAAAGAUCCUAAUGUAUUUGGAGGAUCCCUCUGAUCUUGUUCGGGUUUCUGCUGUUUCUACUUCUUGGCGUCAAUUCGUGAUUGGAAAUGGAUUGUGUAAGCAUCUCUGUUUAAGGAGAUUUCCUGAAAUAUCAAGUGUCGCAAAUAUGGUUGAAGUUAAAAACACGAUUACACCAGUAGUAUCUCAGCGUAGACUCGAGUUGUUAUGUCUGGAGUGGGAUCACAGAGUUUAUGCAUUUUUGGCACAAGGCCUUUCCAACUGUACGAGGAAAGAUUGCUUAAUAGAUGCAAUCCUUGCAUCAAGUACUGAUAACUAUCCUGAAGAAAGCAUUCUGAAUACAUUAGAACCGAGUGAUCAGGUUGGCCGCAGGGCUUCAUACUGGUCAAGUAGAGGAGAAAGUGAUCCUGCUGUUCCUGAGACACUAACUUAUAAAUUAAUCUCAAAGUUGUGCUUGAUUUCAGAAUUUCAUGUGCAACCAUUUCAAGCGUAUUUCCAGUUUGGAUUUCCCAUUUAUUCAGCAAAAGCUGUGAGAUUCAGAGUGGGACAUUCUAAUGUUAAAAUAGAUGUAGAAAGUGACAACGGACAUGAAUCUGCGGCUGCUCAAGGAUCUUUGUUGGACAACAUCAUAUGGACAUAUACCUCACCAGUAUUUCCCAUGGAGCAGGAGAACAGCUUGCAGAAGUUUAAGCUGCCAGAACCUGUUCUUUGCAUUGGUGGAGUCCUACAAGUAGAGCUCUUAGGCAGAGUUCAAAGACAAGAAAUGGAUGGUCAAUAUUAUAUAUGUGUGUCGCACGUUCAAGUUGUUGGAAGACCACUCUUGCCAGCAUUUGAUGUUUCAAUACUCGAUGAAUCGGGGAAGUGGACCCUGAAGUAUUACCCAAAAGAGAACUUUGAGCCAAUCACGUACUAAAUUUUCUGAAGGAGAGUCAAGUAGUCCUCGGCUUCGUAGUUUUGGUUCAAACUUGAGGGGAUGGGAGCAAAUGAUCCUGAAUACACUACUAGGAGCUGGAGCUGUCGUGGUUGAUGAGGAGUAUGAUGUCUAGUUUGGCCGCCCUUUUUUAGGCCUUAACAGUUGGAUGACAGAUUCUGAGUGUAUAGAUCCUACCUUUCUUUGCUGCUCUGUAAGUUAAUUAUUCACCUGAGUGUUGGGUUUGUUGCUGCUUACAACCAUAACAGUGCUUGGCCUUGCGCCAACAAGAGAUUCUUGUAAUAUUUCUUUCUACCAUGACUCGGUCACAAAUUGCCAA